GUUGAACUGGAGGUUCCACAGCUGUGCCACUUCAUCCUGAGGACAAUGCAUUGCUCCCUGAGGGAGACAUUUGGCAUUGACACUGAAGGAAGAGCCAUGCUGAAAAAGUCAAAGAACUCUGAGGACUUUGCAAAUGCCAUGUCCAAGCAUGAGCUAAAAUUCAGCAUUCAGGAUGGAACAAAAGUCAAGCUGUAUCCAGAGAAGGAUGAACCUCUGCAUGUACUGAACCUCAAGAGAGGGAUCAUCUCAGCUCUACUUGUGCCAACAGAAACAGUAGAAAAUGUAAAAACAAUUUCAAUGGAUACUGUCUAUGGAAAGUGUGACAGUGAAGUUGAAUUCAAAUCUAGAAAAGGAAAUGUUGCAGAAGAUAUUUCAAUUAACAGGGACCUGAAAGCCUGUGACAACUUCAGUCCCAUCAGAGAUUAUGUCAGCCCUAUUGCCAUUGUAAAGGGACUAAACAGCCCAUUAUCUACCCUUCUAAGGAGCACUCAAUUCUGUCAUUACAAUAUUGAUGCAAAGAAAAGGCAUAUAAGAGAUGCUGUCUGCAGUGAAAAACACCUGUUUCUGCCUUCCUCAUACAAAAAUCGCUAUGGUGUGAUGACGGAGGUCAACCAGACACUGAAGCUUGAAGAUACCCCAAAGAUCAAUAACAGAAAUUUUGAUGGAGAUGAACUAGAAGAGAAGGGACUUGCACUGGAAAGUACAGAUGCCAGAUUUCCCAGGCAGGGGGAUGCUGUUCUGAAAAUCCUUCAGGAAUUGCAGAAACUUACAGCCUCCCAGCAGAACCAGCAGAGAGCAAGACUGUUUUACAAAUUUGUUUCUGGACUUAGAAGUUUACAUAACAGCAGUCUUGGAUCACUUGUACCAAAGAUGAUGGAAACUUCAAGUGCCAUCACAGUUCAGGCCCUGACUCAGUGCGGGACUCCAGAGUGCUAUGGUGCAGUCCUUCAAAUACUGAGAACUGGAAACGUGAAUCCGCUUGUGGUAGACCUGGUCACAUAUACCCUGGGACUACUGCCUUCUCCAACUCCAAAAAGAAUACGGGAAAUUCUUAGCAUGGCCCAGUAUCAGCCAAGUAGAGCUUCUUUUUAUGGCUUGAGUCAUUCUGUUACUAAGUUCUACAAUGAAAAGAUGAUUGUGACAGAGGAAAUAACAGAUGUUGCAGACUUCAUGGUAUCAUUGCUUGGUACGGAUUGUUCUGGAGAAAAUGAACUCACAUACCUCACACUUCGGGCUAUUGGAAACAUGGGCGCAGUAAUGGAGAAAGCUAAACCCAACCUGAAAUCUUUUCUUAAGACAUGUAUCAGAAAUGAAGCUGCAUCACUUUCAGUUCAGAAAGCAGCCAUCCAGGCAUUCAGGAAAAUGACUAUCACUGAAGAGGACCGUUCAGCACUUAUGAAAGCAUUCCAAGAAGGGGAUGCAUCUACAGACAAACGUCUAGCAGCCUAUCUCAUACUGAUGAAAAAUCCUUCCCCCACUGAUCUCACUAAAAUUUUGAGAGUCCUCACAAAGGAGAAGAACGAGCAAGUGAAAAACUUUAUUGCCUCACACAUUGCGAACAUCCUAGACUCUGAAGAAGUAGGCAUUGAAGAACUAAAAAGCCAAAUUCAAGAAGCUCUGAAAGGAAACCAGGUUCCAACAGCCAAAGAUUUCAGAAAAUUCUCACAAAAUUAUCAGAUUUCCAAAAGAGUUUCUGUACCUGGAGUUGAUCCUGUCUCUGCCAAAGUAGAGGGAAAUGUGGUAUUUGAUCCAAACGGCUAUCUUCCUAAAGAGACUAUGCUAAAAACCACCCUGAAUGUGUAUGGAUUUGGCCCAAGUGAUAUCUUUGAGCUUGGCUUGGAUGGAAAGGGGUUUGAACCAACACUGGAAGCUUUGUUUGGAGAGAAGGGAUUUUUCCCAGACACUGCGAGCAAGGCCUUGUACUGGGUUGAUGGCAGAGUGCCAGAGCAGGUUUCCAAGGCGCUUUUUGACUAUUUUGGUUACUCCCAAGACAGCAAGCAGGAUCAGGAUGUCAUGAAAGGAAUAAUGCUUAACCUUGAAAAAUUAAUAAAAGAACUGAGCAACAAGGAAGCUCCUGAAGGAAGAGCAUAUCUGAGAAUCCUGGGAGAAGAACUUGGGUACAUGAAACUCAAUGAUUUCAAAUUGUUGGGAAGCAUGAUUUUAAAGAGUGUUAAAACUCUUCAGACUAUUCCCGAAAUGAUUGCACAAGCCAUCUCCAAAGGUGUUGACAGUGAUAUAUUUGUCCACUACAUGUUCAUGGACAAUGAGUUUGAGCUCCCAACUGGAGCAGGUUUGCAACUGAAGUUUGCCUUGUCUGGAAUAGCAACACCUGGGGCCAAAGUAGUUGUGAAGCUUCAUCAAAAAAGCAUGCAAGCAGAACUCAUUGCUAAACCUUCAGUAGCAAUUGAGUUUGUAACACAUCUGGGAAUAAACAUACCUGAAUUUGCUAGAAGUGGUGUGGAGAUGAAUUCUAAUAUAUUCCAUGAGUCUGGAAUUGAAGCACAUGUUAGUAUGAAAGCUGGACAGCUAAAAUUCAGCAUUCCUGCCCCAAAGACUCCAACAAAGCUCCUCAGUAUCAG